UAAAAUAAAUAAUGUGCUAUUAAAAUAAUUCAUUUAUAAUUAUAAUUCUCCAUUACUCUAACGUUGUUUUAUUUGAAUAAUGAUUAAUUAUUUUUACGAGUUUGUUACUUUGCGAAUAUAAAUAAAUAAAUAAUAUAGGAUAUUCUUACUAAGUCCUACAGUAAGUUUGCGUUGCGAGUACUCGCAUAAUAACACAUAGAAAACAACCAUGACUCGGGAACAAAUAUAUGUGUUCAUCACACAAACCCUUACUGAGAUUCGACCCAGAAGCCCCUGGCUUAGUAGCUAGUCACUAACCAGUAGGUCAGAUAAGUCGUCAAAAUUAUAUAAGCAACAUUACAAUAUACAUUUAUUCACACUUACAUUGUAUGAUGAUGAUGUCCUUGUAGCUUCAGUAGAGAGAACAGUGGGUUUUCCUUGCUUCCUGUGUAGCGGAAUGAAUCAAGAGGAUCGAUCUGAGGAGCUUAAGUAGUGAAAAUUCACGUGGAGCUAACGCAAUACCUAUAUGAAAUUUGUCAACGUGAUUGAAAAACGCAACUCAGCACUUAGUCGGUGGAAACAAUCAUCGAUUGCAAAUCCCACAACGCAGCAAAAUCAGAUCACCGUGUAUAAUAUAAAACAAAUACGUGAAGGUACUUACCAUAUAUUUUUUUUAUUCAUUAAAUUCAUUUUAUGGUUUUAAUCUUAGAAAAACAGACAAUGUCGCGAUCGGAGCUAGUAUAUUUUAUUUGCUUUAGUGCAUUAUUGCUAACAUCGUAAAUCCAAUCGUAUCUCAAUACAAUGUGAUGUCAUUUUUUUUAAACGUUUGAUUUUGAACUCUAAUAACACAAUAAUUUCAGAUAUAAACCCCCGAAAAUAAGUGAAAAUAUUAUUUACUCUUAUAUAUUCAACGCGAUUAGUUCUACGGAAAAUAUGUCGGAUACAUCAGAACACCUAUUCAACUUCGUUCCUUUGGCAUCAUCCCAAACUCAAAGUCAGAGUGAACGGGAGUCAGGGGUGAGACGUCUGUCCUUGGGGGUCAAGAGGAAGGCAACACCCGUUUACUCGUUUAUCAAAAAACCACAUCGGAAUGGAGGUACAAAAGUCAUCAAAAUAGAAAUUUACGACAGUAACAAAUUGAAUGAGAACUUUGAACAUAUAUGUAAAUGUAAUGCCGAGCUGUGUGCCCAAUAUGUAGUGAAAAAUACGUUAUUAGACCAAGUUUACGAAUUAACGCGUAGAGUAAUUGACAAGAUAGACGAAGGUUUGUCCUCAGAUACGCCACAUGGGUACACCAUCGAAUAAGGGUACAAUUUAAUGUGAUUGUGUAAUAUGAACAUAGUUCUUAAGUUAAUAAACAUUAUAAAAGUA